AUGGAGCUCGCCGACAGUUCACCGAGUGGCUCGCCAGAAUCUCGUCGCAGGUCAGGCAGAGUGGUGCGCAAACCAGCAAUCUACUCCCAAGAACAACGCGACAACAGUCUGCCCCCAAUCGGUAUCGGUAAAAGAAAAAGAGGAGCGAACCCGAUCGAUGGAGAUGAAGAGGACAGCGAGCCAGACGAAGAAGAUGAGGAAGAGGAUGACGAGGACGAAUCGGACGAAAGUGAGCCGGACGAGGAGGAGCUGAAAGACCAACGACGAGCGCAGAGAUCAAAAGCAGCAGCGACAAAACAUGCAACGAAGCGCGCAAAGACUACCAGCACAACUCUGGCGAUUCGGUCAGCCAAUAUUCAGAGCAAGCCUGCAGCGAGAAGCUCAAAAUCAGGCAAAGCCCGCGCUCGACCCAGCCAGGCGCAUCAAGAGGGACUCUAUGCGGACAUGUUCGGCCGGGGAUGCUCGCCCGAAGAUGCUGCUUCUUCGUGGUUUGAAGAGGUGCGGAAAGAUAGCGUCGGAGCGUUGCGAGACCUGGUUAACUUUGUCCUCCAAUGUAUCGGUUGUGAUUCCAAAGUCGAGCAACAGGAUAUUGAAGACCUGGACUCGGUUCCGAGCAAACUUGGCGACGUGAUUCAAGAAUACGAGCAGCAAAAGCCCGGGGACUACCCACUUAUCUCAAAGCAGAAAAGUUAUGUUGGAUUUCAGAAUGUGCUGGAGGAAUUCUUCAGAGCCAUCAUCAAGGUCCUCCAUAUGUCCUCGGCCUUCUAUGAUCAACCUGAAAUAUACGACAACAUUCACGUCUGGGUUGCGACAAUGUCAGGUGCAAGCUACAAAUCAUUUCGGCACACUGCAACGAUAAUAUCCUUGGCUAUGAGCACCGCUCUUUGUGAAAUUGCAAAGGAGUUGCAGGAUACCAUGGCAACAUUGAAGGCCCAAUUAGAUGCCGAAAAAAAGAAGAAACGCCCCAACAAGGCCCGAAUCAAGAGCAUCGAAGAGAGUCAGAGAUCUGCUGAGGGUAAGCUUGAAGCUAUCGAUACUCAGUUGCGAGACGCCUUUGAGACGGUUUACGUGCAUCGAUAUCGAGAUGUUGAAGAGAGGAUCCGCGCUCCCUGUGUUACCGCGCUGGGCAAUUGGAUUGUACUCUACCGCAAGAUGUUUUUAGAAGGUCAAUACCUUCGAUAUCUCGGCUGGGUCUUGAAUGAUACGAGUGCGCAUACCAGACUAGAGGACAUCAAGCAACUGAAGAGAUUGUUCAGUAACAAGAACAACAUUGCCGCACUGAGAGCUUUCACCGAUCGAUUUCGGUCGAGAUUGGUGGAAAUGGGCGCAAGGGAUGCCGACAUCAACGUAAGGGUGGAGGCUAUUGAGCUCCUUGAUCGACUUCGGGAUGCAGAGCUCUUGGACCCUGAUGAUGUCGACACCAUCGGACGAUUGAUCUUCGACAGCGAACCUCGAAUCAGAAAAGCAGUGGCCAAGUUCUUUGUGUCCAGCAUUGAAGACCUCUAUCGAUACAAAAUUGAGGAGUUCGAAGAGGCUCAAUACGAGGCUGCCCUUCCGGACGCGAAUAAUGUGGAAGACUUCAUGGUUCCUACUAAAUCUUGGAUCAAGUACAAGUCUUUGGGCUUGACCCUUGCUGGAUACGACAAUGAUGAAGAAUCCUUAGAUGGGACGACGACUCAAUCUUUACCGGUGACCUCAAUUUCAGAGUCGCGGUACACUCUUGCUACCCAGUCGAUCUUCCCUCACAUGGCCGAAUUGCAGCAGUGGGAACACUUGGCUGGCUACCUCCUGUUUGACCACACUUCCAUCCCCUCACAAGGCGAGGUAGAUGAUAUUGAUUUCCAGGUUCAAAAUGCAUACAAGCUGGGUGCGGGCGAAGAUAUUAUUCUGCUGCAUGUCUUACAUGCGGCGGUCAAAUCAUACCUACAAUCCAUACUAGACCCGUCGACCGGACGCAAAACCAAUGCCACAAAAGAUCAGAUACGACAAAAACAAGAAUUAGCAGCGCAGAAUCUUACCACCGUGCUGCCUCAAUUGUCGAACAAGUUCGGCAGCACGCCGCAAGCCGCGUCAUCCAUCCUUCUCAUCGAACAGCUUCUGGAUAUUGGGCUGAUCAACGAGCUGCAGAGCGGCGAGGCAAACUAUUCUGCCAUCCUAGACGACAUCGCCAAGCAAAUCAUGUCGCAUUCGAACAGACGAGUUCUCGGAGCGGCCUGCGCGGCUCUCCGGAAUGCUCUCAGCUACGAACCAAGUAGGGAGGCCGCACUUGCGAAAAUCCAGGAGAUUUGGACCGAGUCUAUCGCGAUGCUGGUAGAUCUUCUUCAAGGUGAAGCAGCGUGGACACGGGGUACGCUCGAUAAACCGUCACUCACUGAGGUUGCGAACAUUAUUAUUCGUCUCGCUGAGCUCGCAGGUGUGAAUGACUGCAGCUAUGUGAUUGAAAGCAGACUAGGUACUGGUACGUCCAGGAAACGAAAAGGAAAUACAAACAACCCGCGGACUCUGCUGGACCUGUUAUUACAACUCUUACAGCGAGGCGUACCUGACCAGGACACGGCUGCAUUUGCGGAGCUUGAAGAUGAACUAUGCCGCGCUGUCAUCGAACUGUUUUCGCGCUAUUUCCGCUGGAAAGUAGUCGUGUGGAAAACCGCAGUCGAAGCCAACGACGAAGCACAGUUGUCGACUACGUCAUUGUCAGAGUUCGCUACGACAAAGACCGAGUUCGUGGCUAACAUCGCCCCAGUGAUACAGAUGCGCAAGCAUCUUGAUCCAGUGCGGUACCAAGCCAUUCUGAGUGUGCUGGAACUCUUCACCCUUUGCGCCAUAACAAGAAGUUUGAGGCCAGACAAAGGCGACUUGGAUGAUGACAUAAAGCAGAAUCUGCGUGGGUUGAUCACGUACAUUCCAGAUGAUAUCGUCCAGGAAGUCAUGAUCACGUUCGAAAAGAUGGAGCAGUCGUUCGCAAAGAAGACGCAUCGUAAGAUUGAGUCGAGUGGAAAACUAAAGCCGGGAGGUUUAGGUGGCAGAAACGAGGAAGACGAAGACGAUGUUGAAAAGCCACCCGAGGAUUCGGACGAGGAGCGAGACAAUUCAGAUACCGAAGCCGACGAGGACGAAGUGGGUGAAGACGACGAAGGGCAGGGGAGCAGGAGCGCAAAGAAACAAGCAGCCCUCCUGCUAGAAAACAGCUUCUGCCAACUGACGAGUAAAUUGAUUUUUGCUCUUGUGGGUGGCGUGAUUCAGGAUGAAAAGGCUGUCAGAGAACGCCUCCUGCUAAAUCGUACGAAGCUGGGCAAGAACUAUUCCACGAUAUUGGGAUAUCUGGAUGAGAAGAAGAAGCUGGCGAAGGGGAAAGGAGGAAAGGCCGUUUCGGAAAAGGGGAAGGACAAGAAAGGGAUGGGGGAGAAAGAAAAGGCCGGCAAGAAAGCAAUCUCGGAGGAGAUGGUGCUGGAGGACGAUGAUAUUGAGGAUCCUGAUGUCCAGCCGGAGGAGGAUCAGGAUGAAGACGAGGCACAACGACAGCGCGAAUUGCUGGAAGACGAGGUGGACGAUCACGGUAGUGGAGAUGAUGACGACGGUGCUGGAAAGAAGCAAGGAGGUCAACCGGCCGAGGGGAAUGAGGACGACGACGACAAUAUCAUGGGCGACUGA